AUGAGCAUUUCUAUCUUUAACUCAUUUGUUAAGAAUAGCCGUAUCGUUGUAUCCAGAGACGAUUCUAAUGUUGUCUCACCAACCUAUCAAACAUCCUUUAUGUUCAAUUGUUAUAACAGCUCAAACACACUGCUAAGUUGGAACCAAUCUAAACUUCACAAGGGUGUGGUCUGCAAUCCCUCUAUUACUCCAUUUAUUACUUUUAAGAAUGGAACUGCUCCUUUAAACUUGAACAUCUCUCUUUCAAACUCGACCAUGCAUGCUUUCAACAGCUCUCAAUAUAUUACAACAUUUAUUUCAUCUACACAGUUGGUGGCUCAACAGAAGAACGACAUGCAGCAAUUUAUUGACAUAUCUUGGACGAAUUCUGAUCGUGUUUCGUUGAAUGUCUUGUUUGCGAACCAAAACUAUGAUAUUCAAAUUAGCUCAGACGUACGGAUCUCUAGUUUCUUACCUAACAUUCAGAUAUUGGACAACACUAAGGCGACCCUUACCUUACCAACGGCAUCAUCUGUACGCUUCCUCAAGUCUUCAUUUGAUUACGACGCCAGUAGCAGAGCUAUUUCAAAUACGAGAUCAUUGAAAGACGAAUGCUUGCUUCCUAAAAUCCAAUGCUCUUCUCAAUUUUGGGAGGAUAUUCAUGUGUUUGGAAGUAAUGGAUAUCUGAGCCAACCGCUGUAUGACACAUGUCUGAGUGCUGUCAUUAUCAACGUUCAAACUUUGCAGCCAUUCAGCUGUAAUGUACAGACCAAUUCAACCACUCUAACGUUGCCUAAUAUUAAUGUUCAAUAUUCCAAUUACCCCACGACCAUUGAACAAUUAGUGUAUGCAUGGUACUCAAUAUCAAUAAUUGUUGGAUCUGUCCUGUUUGUUCUUUUCGGUUAUCUAGAUGUUGGUCAAACAAACUUCCUUGGUGCUGCAAUGUUAGAUAAAGUAACCACCGACACAGCUGCAUGGUCGUUCAAUACAAGAGCCCUAAUUGCCUCAUGUAAGAACGCUGUUCAGUAUUUAGGAACAGGAUGGAUUAGUAAUGACAUGACAGCAAUGCAUUUGGCUCCUCAUUACACAUUGUACGCGUUUACAGUGUUCUCUGUUUGUGCCACUAUUGGUCUCAUGAUAUUUAGGACAAAGGUUCAAACAAGCAAAUAUUUAAGGGUUGCUGUUUCAUUAUUCAAGAUUGUCCAAACGGCUGCAUGCAUUGUCUUUCUUCCAAUGUUUGACCAAACAACAGAAACACCAAUUUUGGCAUCUUCUGUAACGGCCUAUACUUUGAUGUUGCUAUCAUUGAUUGUUCUCAGUUUGAGUUUCAGGAGUACCUUAACCUCGAACACAAAUGUUGCACGAUUUGUGGCAUUUUACGGACCCAUUUUCUUUAUUUCCAAUGUAGUGAUUGUGGUUAUUGAGACAUGUGUCGGAUACGUGAAAUUCCAGCUCUUUGGAGAUGCUGUAUGGGGAGUUUCCUUUGUUUCAAUGUUGGGCUUGCAUUUAUUAAGGUUAAUCUAUCUAGCUCCAAUGUUUUUCGUUGUGAGAAAGUGGUACAACAAUCUCAUGUUUGCAGUUGCCAUCUUGCUGUGGAUUGUCGCGCUUGUAUUGGGAGUAUUGUACAUGAGUUUUACACCUCUAUUUUCAGAAAUUGAUAUGUUUUGGUAUUGGAUCAUAUUUACAAUUUUCACACAACUCUACUCUGCCUUCUCCAUGCUGUUGUGGCCUUUGCUGCCCCGUGUUGGCUGUUCCUUGUCAAAAGAAAGUGAAAUUGUUGCCAUUGAAAGCUCUGAGCAAUCCAUUCUUACCACAAACAUUAUGUCUGUCAAUCAAGUGGUUCAUGACUCAACUGUUCAUGUAGAAAUGGAGCAUAUGACUGCUGAAGAGGAGAGCAGUAAUGAGAAGAUCAGUUUGAUCGUAAAUAAGUAA